AUGGACUUGGUUCAUCCAGAGAGUCUGGAAGAAAGAGCACCCAGGAUGGGCACCCCAGCCUCUGUGGUGAGUGAGCCGCUCCCUUGGCAGGCCCCCACCGAGGCCCGGGGCCGCAAGCAGGCCUCGGCCAACAUCUUCCAGGACGCAGAUCUGCUGCAGAUCCAGAGUCUGUUCCAGCGCAGCGGGGACCAGCUGGCGGAGGAGCGGGCACAGAUCAUCUGGGAGUGUGCCGGGGACCACCGCGUGGCGGAGGCCUUGAGGAGGCUGCGCAGAAAGAGGCCCCCGAGGCAGAAGUCCCUGGGCCACUCGCUACAUCACUGCAGCCGGCUCAGAAUCCCAGAGCCCCGCGAUCCACUGGCUGACCCACAGAGCAGCGCCACGGAGAUGGCUUCUAGUGACCAGUAUCUGAACACUAGGAGGACAAGUGCCAGGAUCCGUCGGAAUUGGAGGAAGUCGGGCCCCACAAGCUACCUCCAUCAGAUCAGACACUGA